CUACCGCUGACAGACGAUUCAACCGUCCGCCAAAUCCAAACGCACCGAUCCAUUCCAGACCAUGGCGACGACCAAGGACCCCGCGACCACCGGCGGCGAGCCCGCCAUCGGCAUUCCCUACCACCCGGCGGCGGAGGCCCAGGGGCACUAUUACUACGCGCCGCCGCCGAACCCCUACGCGGCGGGGAUGCCGCCGCCCAACGCGAUCUACGCCGGCGCGCCCAAGGGGGUGCCGCUCCAGCAGACCAUGUUCCGCGACACGCCCGCGCCCUUCCACUGCCAGGCCUGCGGUGAAGCCGCCGUCUCCUCCGUCCGGUCAAAGCCAAGCCUUGCAUCCGUCGUGGCUUGCAUGAUGCCCUUCAUGCUGGGGGUCUGCUUCCUAUGCCCUUCGAUGGACUGCCUCUGGCACAAGUACCAUUAUUGCCCCAGCUGUGGGGAAAAGGUGGGUGAGUUCAGGAAGUCGGACCCGUGCCUCGUCGUGGAUGCGACCCGGUGGUCCGAGCCGAGCUUCGCCGUGCCUGCGUAGCGCACAUAUGUACAUGUACCACUUGCUAUACUGCCUUAAAAAAUGAGUGUGUUUGUUUCUCUCGUCUAGUCUGUAUAUAAAAGAUGCUACUGGCUUGUUGCAUGCUGUAUAUUACUGAACCUCAAGAACUGCCGUUGCGCUCUAGUCUCUGCUCCCAACGUUAGAAUUGAAUAUUUUUUUUCUUUGGAACAGAAUAAAUUUUCUGCUCUUACCAGUGCAUUAUCGAAUCUAGUACACGUGUAAAUGCGUAACAGGAAAUUUAUCAGCAAGGAAAGAAAA